AUGUAUUCAGCGACGCCAGGGAUGCCACCGUGGCAGGCGAAUGGCCACCACGCUCAGAGUCAGGGCGCUUACCUCCCAGUGAACGCACGACAGGCCUUUGCACCCGUCUCGCUCUCUAACCCUCCGCCCACGUACAUUCCACCACCAUUCAAUGCUCAACCGCCACCACCUCCACCCGCACAAGCUGUUUCCCCACAACCGAAGAAGACGCAAUGGUCACCCGCUGUUCGUGAAUACGUCAGUCGGUCAUUUGCACAAGAAAAUGCUAUUAAAGACGUCUCGAGACCCGAAAUGGAAGCCAAGCUAAAGCAGAUUAUCACUGAAAUGGCCACGUCUGGUCGCCUCGAGACUAUCCACUGGGACACGUACCCGCUACCCCAGCAGCUUAUUGUUGAAGAAAGAAAUCGUGCCGCGCUUGCAAUUCAUUCUACCCCCUCACAUUCGCUGUCGUCAGCUAUGGUUUCCCCUAACACUCCUCAUCAACCCCCUAUGGACUCCACGCCACGGAAACGCAAGUCAAAUGAGUUCGCAGAGCCGGAUGAUCAGUCCUCUCAACCUCCCUGGCGAAACAAGCCUUCUGGAUCCGGAGAUCUUGCCAAUCGUAUUUCUCGCGCACCGAAAGACAAGCGUUUAAAAAUGGAGGAUCCCAAAGCGAUGAGUAAGUCAAACCUGGAAGCUCGCAAAAAGCGAUUCAACGAUGGUCGAUCCGGCCAUUCUCCCCCUAGCACGCCUCGCACCCCGCUUGGUAACUCCCCGGAACCUGAUAAGAUUGGCCCCGUUGUUGGUACUUGCCAGAAACUGGAGAAGAAUUACUUCCGACUCACAGCGGCGCCUAAUCCGGAGAACGUUCGCCCCCUUGAUAUCUUGCGUCAAACUCUUGAGCUGCUUAAGAAGAAGUGGCGCAGUGAGGGCAACUACGUCUAUAUCUGCGACCAAUUCAAAUCGUUACGACAGGACCUCACUGUUCAGCAUAUCAAAAAUGACUUCACCACAACGGUCUACGAAAUCCAUGCACGUAUCGCACUGGAAAAGGGUGACCUUGGUGAGUAUAACCAGUGUCAGACACAGCUUCGUGGGCUGUAUCAGCUGAAGCUGGGUGGUCACCCUGUCGAGUUCAAGGCCUAUCGGAUAUUGUACUACAUUCACACCUGUAAUAAAACUGACAUGAACAACGUACUCUCUGAACUAACCCCAGCCGACAAGAAACAAGAAGCAAUCAAGCAUGCCCUCGACGUACGGUCAGCACUGGCGCUCGGAAACUACCACAAGUUCUUUCAGUUGUACCUCAAGGUACCCAAUAUGGGAGCCUACCUGAUGGACAUGUUUGUUGAACGAGAGCGAUUAGCAGCUCUCGCUCGAAUGUGCAAGUCCUACAAGCCGGACGUCAAGCUGCGAUUUCUAACCGAAGAGCUUGGGUUCGACACGGAUCAAGAGAUAGCUCAAUUCAUCCUUGAGCACGGUGGCGACGGUGGCGAGGCGCUCCUACAAGAACGAGACGGUCAUGUACGCCUCUUGACCGGCAAAACCGGGUCAAUGUUCGAGAACGCUCGACAGGCCGCGUUCAGAUCUGUCGACAUCAAAGGACAAAUUUGA